AUCGGUUUAAUCGAUUUUUCAAUUUAAGGUUAGGUUCAAUGUUUAAUUUUAAGUAAAAAUAAAUUAGUAAUUUUAAGGAAAAUGGACCACAAUGAAGACAAAGAUCUUAUAGAUCCUGAUUAUCUACACACCAACAAGGCUUUGAGAUUGAAAGAAGUGAAAGAAAAAGAAGAAAGUAAACUAACUGCUGAAAAGAUAAACAAUGCUGUUGUUGAAAUAUUCGACGAAGAAUUAAGCUCACGACAAAAACAACUUGAAGAAGUAGAAGAGAAAAUAUUUAAAGCACAAAAAUUACUUCAUUUGGUUCGGUAUGUGUUGAUAACUUCUUAUUACAAAAAGAAUGAUUUGGAAGUUUCUGCUGACGAGGAAGUUACUACUGCAGGGUUCGAUAAACAGAAUAGAAUUCAUCCAGCAGUUAAGAAGUUAUUAGGCAGUAAUCCAAGAUUGGAUAUUUUCUGUGCAGGCAAAGGUAAAAGAAGGCUGGCUUCAAAGAGCUGUGAUAAGGAAGCAUCUAGUUCCCAAACUGCAGAACCUAAGAGGCCCAGAUUAGAAAUUAAAUCAGAACUACAAACUUCACACUUAUCCAAAAAUUCUGAACAAAUUUAUUCGAAAAAUAGAAAAAAGAUAAGGCAUAGAAUAGUCGUUGGCAAUGUAUCAAAAUGGGUCCCAUCGUUAGAGGAUAGUACCACACACAAAUGGAUGAUGUACAUUAGAGGUGAUAAGGAUAGUGCAGAUAUAUCACAUAUUAUAGAAAGAGUUAUAUUUUAUUUACAUCCAUCAUACAAACCACAUGAUGUAGUAGAGAUUAAAGAAUCUCCAUUUCACCUAUCUAGAAGAGGUUGGGGUGAAUUUCCUUUAAGAGUUCAAAUGUUCUUCAAAUGUCCACUUAAUAAACCGAUCAGUAUUGUACACAAUCUUAAAUUAGAAAAGACAUUCACAGGUCGUCAAACACUAGGAAACGAAACCGUAGUAGAUGUGUAUCUGCACGACAACGUAGCAAAACCGGAAACAAUUACAAGACCUCAAGAAGAUUCCCCAUCGACGUCUUGGUGGGGCUCAAAAGUAUACGAAAACAGUCCGAGUACAUCAUACAACAAUAUUUUUAAUAACUUCGAUUCGACAAUGAACCAAAGUAAUCAUUUAGAAUCAGAUUACACCCCUCUUGAUGAUACGGUGCUAGUUAAAUCGGAACCCAGGGAUGAUUAUAGUGAUAUGCAAAUUAAAUUAGAAAUCAAAUUAGAACCUGUAGAAAUAAUUUUACCAGUUUCCAAAAGCGACUUAGCUUACAGCGACUCUGAUCAAAUCGCCACCAACGUGGAUUUGAUUUCGACCAGAUCCGAUUCGGCAUAUGGAUGCUCCGACACGGCAUCUAUGAGCUUUGAGCAUGAUUAUUGUGAUGUUGUAGAGGAACAAUUCGUCGACAAUGAAAUUGAAGUCAAAGAAGAUUUGUUCCUGAAUCAGUUUCUUUUGGAACAUUCCUAUUCCGUUCUUAGCGGUACUGAGAUUCCAGAGAGUAGUUGUGAAAAUAUGACAAAAAGUCAUUCUGUGAUAGUCAAUGGUGAUGUUGAUAAUAAAUUGAUAUUUGGAUUAGGACUUAAUUACCUAAAAGAGAAGAUUGUUAAUGUUCACAAUGUGGUUCCUAAAAAUAUGACAGUUCUUCAAAAACCUUUGGAAAAUUCUAGACUUUAUUUCAUCAAUGGUGUAGAGUCAAGCGAUUUCUUAUUAUCAAAUGCAAUUGUAACGUUACCGAAAAAUAAAUUCAAAAAUGUCGGAGAAGCGCUACCAUUUUUGUUGAACAGAUUCAAAUUGUGGAACAAGAAAGUAGAAAAUCCGAGAUUUAAAUUGUUAUAUCCGUUUAUUGCAUCUUCACAAGAGGAGUUUGGUAAAUGGCCAUUAGGGAAACAAUUAAAUUCAGAGUGGAACCGUGCCCGAGAAAUAAAAAAAAUUCUAGAUGCCAGUUUUCCUACAUUGAACAAAAAAUGGAGCACGCGAGCUUGUUUUAUGUACGCGAGAUCGCAUAAAUACGAUGCAUGUGCGAGCACUUUGUCGGGCCGUUUUUUCAAAAACCCGUCUGAAGAUCGAACGCUCAUAGACGAAUGUUUCCAGCAUUCCAUAAUAGAUUCCAUCAAAAUUGAACCCAUUGAUGCUGAAGUAGAUGUAGAUGUUGAAGCAGAUGAAAAUGAAUCCGUGCAAUCGAUAAAAUCAAACUGCAUAGAUAUAUCGGACGUUCGUCUAAAAAACAACUGUUCUUUUAUUAAAGAAGCAUCGUUAAAUUGCGGAGUGGUCCUGAGAUCUGAGGAAAUAUCGGAUGGUGUGAUAAUGAACGGUGCAGAAAGAAUGAUUCUGGAAGCCGUCAAGUGCUUAGCAGGAGGUUUGAUCAGGAGAGCUAAUCAUCACUUAGUUUGUAAAGAAGAUUACAGGGAAGGUUUAAGUGAAGUUACCACAGAGGAAGUUAAAAUUGCCUUAAAAGAACGAUCUGAAUUGCAAUUAAUAAAGAUUUUCCAAAAGAAGAAACGUGAAAUAGAAUAUUUUUCAUAAACAUUUAAGACUGUUUACACAUCUGUUGAACCUAAAUUUUAUUUGUAUAUUACAAUAAUUAUGUAUUUAUUUCUAUUUUUGUUUUCCUAUAUACACAUAUAUGUACAUAUAAACACUUAUUAAACAUUUUUUUAAACUUAAGUUUAAUUAUUCCUGUACAAGAACAAUUUCCAAAGAUGCAAAAUGUGGAAAUUUGAAAUGAUUAAGAGUUUUUUGAAUCCAAGACCCAAAAAUUGCAAGAACAAGUAAAAUAUUGAUGAGAAACAGUAAUAAAAACCAUGUUCUUUUUUUGAUGUUGUUUUAAAAUUUUAUAUAACUGUAUAUUAAUUAGUAUGUAAGUAACAUAUAUACAGACUUACACUUAUUCUAGCGAUAACAAAAAUAUUUUGUUUUAAUUAUUAAAAAAAGUAUUUGCACAUGAAAGUGUGACAUUGUCAUUUCACUUACAAUUUUUAAUGAACUGCCUAAUAGUUUUUUUUAUAGUAUUUAUCAAUAAAAAAGAAAAUUAAUAAAUAAGGUCCUGCAAAUAUGAAAUCAAUUAAAAAAAAAAAAUAAAAAAUGAAAUGACACUAUCUCACCCCAAUAAGGAAAAAAUAGUUCCCCCCACAUUAAACCUAUCGAUGGCCAUUUACUGUGGUGGGUUUGACAGCCCUAUUAAGCCUGACUUUCUCUGCUUUCCUUUCUGCAGCAGUCUUUUUCAACCCUUUCAUUUUCCUUGUCUGUAUUUUCUUGAUUUCCUGUUUACCAAUAUGUAUGCGACCAUGAGUUGUACCCAAUUCAUUGGUACUAA